AUGGAUCGAGAGGAUGUAUUGAGCUUCAUCCAGCUGGUGGAGCAACACGAUGUCCUUUGGAAUAGGAAUAGUUCGUUGUACAAGGAUAUAAAUGCGCAUUCAGACGCAUGGGAAGAUAUAUCUAAAACAAUGAAUAUUCCUACUUCAGCUGCUAUCUAUAAACCAACCUGGUUUGCAUAUGAAGCCAUGGACUUCAUGAAAGCUGUUCGAGAAUGCAAAUCAACAUUGAGCACUCUAACGCAAUCGUAG